GUCCAUCUCAUCCUCUCCCCAGAUUUUUCCAUCGUUAUUUUUCUCUUUUUUUUUUUGAGGAAAGAAUUGCAAACACGCCUUUUUCUUCAUAGAUUUAGAUGCGUGACUCGAUCAACUCGAAUCCAACGCUGACCCUCUUCUCAAUUUGAUAUUUUGUUCCUGGGUUUCCAUUUUUUUUUCUCUCUCUCUUCCACUUUUUUUUGGCCGAUUUCCCAGGGGUUAUUGCCCGCAAUUCCAAGCAGGCCACUGAUCGAGCCUCUUGCUGUCGUCCGGAGCUUGAUUAGACUGUUAAUCUCUCUCUUGCUUGCUUCAAUUUUGUUUGGGUUUUCGUUUAAUUUUUAGGCCUCGUUAUCUAUUGCCGAUUUCCAUGGGAGCUUCGCCAAGGAUUCUAUUAAGGGUAUGACCAAGUCCAUGAAUUUCAUCCAAGGUCUGAUUAAACCCUUCAAGCGCGGCUCUAACAGAGAAGGUGUCGGGGAAGAUGAUAUCGAGCGAAUAGCCGCUCUGGAGCAGAAGGUAUUUCCGUUUCAGGUCUUAGUCUCGGCUACGAAGGAUUUCCAUCCGAAGCACAAACUCGGUGAGGGUGGAUUCGGACCCGUCUACAAGGGAAGGUUAUCGGAUGGGAGAGAAAUAGCAGUGAAGAAGCUAUCUCAGGCGUCAAGACAGGGGAAGAACGAGUUUGUGAACGAGGCAAAGCUACUUGCUAAAGUUCAGCAUAGGAAUGUGGUCAAUCUUUUGGGGUAUUGCACUCAUGGAGAUGAUAAGCUCCUGGUGUACGAGUACGUCUCCAACGAGAGCCUCGACAAGGUUCUUUUCAAAUCGAACAGAAGGGCGGAGCUAGACUGGAAGCAGAGGGUAGAGAUAAUAAGUGGGAUAGCAAGAGGACUGCUUUACCUCCACGAAGACGCGCCCAACUGUAUAAUCCAUAGAGACAUAAAAGCCGGCAAUAUCCUUCUUGACGAUAAAUGGGUUCCAAAGAUUGCUGAUUUCGGGAUGGCCCGUCUCUUCCCCGAAGACCAAACUCACGUCAACACUCGUGUGGCCGGCACCAAUGGUUAUAUGGCGCCAGAGUAUGUCAUGCAUGGGGUGCUAUCGGUAAAGGCAGACGUUUUCAGCUUUGGGGUUGUGGUCUUAGAGCUCAUCAGUGGACAGAAGAACUCCAGUUUUAGUUUGAGGCACCCUGAUCAGACUUUACUCGAGUGGGCGUAUAGGCUGUACAAGAAAGGACGGAGCAUGGAGAUGGUGGAUCCUGUAAUGGCGGAAACGGCCGAUCCAGAACAAGUCAAACUCUGCGCACAGAUCGGAUUGCUCUGCGUGCAGGGUGAUCCUCAGCAGAGGCCAUCCAUGCGACGGAUUGCUCUUCUCCUCUCCCGGAAACCCGGCCAUCUGGAAGAAGAACCGGCUCGGCCCGGCGUCCCUGGUUCUCGAUACCGCCGUCGGUCCCAUGCCGGAACUUCCUCCGCCGGAACGACGUCAACGGCCCGGUCAAGUACGGAUUCUUUCGGAUCGAAUCUGAAAACCGACGGGGGUGGAAACGGGAGAAGCAGUCCGACCGCUUCUGCUACUCCGACUUGGUCGCCGGAGACUCGAACCACUGCCUCUGACUCCCGUGGGAAACGGCGUUUGUGGAGUUACUGAAGUAUUACAUCCGGUUAUUUGUAGUUUUGUAAAUAGCAUAUAUAGCCCGAUUGAUUAUUUGUUAUUUUUCCUCUUUUUUUCCUUUCAUUUCAUUAAAUUUUUGGGUUUUUUUAUUCAUAUAAUAGUAGGGGCUAGCUCUGUAUCUAAAGUCUCGUGGAUCUCAUUUCGAGAAAAUAAAAAGAAGAAGAAUUUCGAUUCAA